CUGGUGCUCCGGCCUCGGAGCUGUGAUGGAGCAAGAUGUUGGUGGUGACAACAGUCAUUCGCAGUUCAUCAACAAUGAUCUGAGGAUUAUGCCCGCUGAUGAGGAUGGGCCAUCUCAGUCCAUUAACAAUGGUAGCAGUGCUGCCCCUAUUAACUUAGAGGAGGGUGCUGCUACCAACAAUGGUACUGGAGAUGCAAAUACUUCAGAAAAUGUUGAUGGUAAGAAGCAUAAAAGAAUUUGCACAUCUAAAGUGUGGCAGGAUUUUGAACCACUAUAUAAGACUGUAGACGGCAAGAGGAUCAGGUAUGGUGCUGGAACAUCAGCAUCUGCUUUGCUUCAACAAGCACACUCUAGUGCUGGCCUUAGUUCACUUGACACAGAACUGUCCUCCUACCUGGACAGUGACACUUUGCAGAAGUUUGAUGAGGACUUCAAUAUCCUAAACUGGUGGCAUGAACAUAAGUUGUCCUAUCCUAUUCUCUCUAUCUUAGCUAGAGAUGUUAUUUCUAUUCCUGUCUCAACAAUUUCCUCAGAAUCUGCAUUUAGUCUUUGUGGCAGGAUAAUUGAGGAACGACGACGUCGCCUAGCACCAGAAAUGGUAGAGAUGCUACUUUGCAUGAAAGAUUGGGAACUAGGAGAAGCUAGAGGCCAACACUCUACACAGGACGAAGACCUUGAAGAAGCAUUUGAAGGACUUUAUCUUGAUGACCCUUAGGGCCUAGGGCCCUACACUUUGUAAUCUCCUACUAUUCUUCCUAUUUCUACUCUAUUCUGGUGAUGUAAACUGUACUCUUAGACAUGAACUUAUUAAAUUAGA